AUGGCUGAGCAAAUCGAUCAGCAGCCUGCAAAUGAUCACCCAGGAAUCGACGAAGAAGGAUUGAUCGACACUACUCCGGAAUCCAAGAAGCUUCGCCGGAAGAAAAGGAUCAAGUGUAUUGCCAGUUUCGUCGUGCUUCAGAUCGCACAAAAUUUGAUCUUUUAUUUCAUUUUUUUUCGUGUAAGAACUCUCAGGGCCAGGGUGGGAACGGUGAACGUCCAACAUUUGGCCACCGGGUCUCAACUUUUACCCUACUUCGACGUGAACUUCACAGCCCAAGUAGGAAUCAAGAACCGGAAUUUUGGCUCGUUCAAAUUCAACGGCACCAACGCCAUAUUCACGUACCAGGGUGUAACAGUAGGGCAAGCAGUUAUUCCCAACGGGAAGGCCGGGUGGCUUUCCACCAAGAAGGUUAACGUAACAGUGAACGUCAACUCAAUUGCACUGCCGAACAGCUCGAGUCUGGGAAGUGAUUUGAGUGCCGGGUUGUUGAACUUGAGCAGCCACGCCAAUAUCAGUGGGAGAGUCGCAGUAUUUUCUUUGAUUAAGAAGAACAGGUCUGCCCGAAUGAAUUGCACCAUGGUUUUCAAUCUGUCAGCAAUGGCCGUCCAAGAUUUGGAUUGCAAGUAA